AUGCUGUCUUCUAAUGAUCCUUUGGUAUCAACAAUAGCAAAAUCAGAGUUGAAGCAAUCGGUUCGCUUCGCAGUAAGAGCGGAUCCUUCCCCUGCACUAAUUCAAGAUUUUCUGUCUGGUUCUACUGAAGGUGCAUUCCACCCGACCUAAUCCGCUACCGGACGCACUUGUUGUGGACUCGUGCUCAUAAAGCCUGUCGUAACCUUAAGAUAUCGUUCCAGGUUCCUGACUUCAACCCUCCUUUCCUAACUCUUGAUUAUGGUUCCCCAGUUCUUGCCAAGCUGGCUUGUACCAAACUACACCACCUCUGUCAAGAUCGCGCCGCCGAUAAACUCUUAUCACUUCCCGAUCAAGGUAAAGUGGCUCGUGCCCUUGUCAAAGACCAUUUUGGAAAUGGCUCGUUGUGGAUAUACUCCGGCCUCAACAUCCGAUUUAAGGAUUGGCGAUUUGUUCACCGUGCUCGUCUUAACCUAGUUCCUACAAACCAAAACAAGCACAGGUGGGAUGAUCUUCAAUCCCCUAUAUGCCGAGUUUGCAACACCGAUCCUGAAACCUUACCCCACAUCCUUUGCCACUGCCCAACUAACCUUGUCGAUGUUAGAGGAAGACAUAACGCUAUUCUUGGUCGUUUAACCAAUGCCAUCCGUUAUGGUGAAGUUCGAGUUGACCAACAAAUUCCAGAGUUAAAUGAUGAAUGUAGACCCGACAUUGUGAUUAUGGAGAACAAUGAGGUUACAGUAAUUGAUGUCAUGUGUCCCUUUGAGAAUGGUGAUGACGCCCUUAAGUCAGCCGAAGAUCAUAAAGUCAACAAAUAUAGUCAUUUGGUUGAUCAUUUCAAGCAUGAGGGUAAAGUGUGUCAUGUCUUUGGUUUUGUUUUUGGUGCGCUUGGUGCCUGGCAUCUAAAUAAUGAAGCCGUCCUAAGUCAAAUAAGAAUGUCCUUAUCAUACAGGAAACUUUUCAGGAAACUUUGCUGCAGUGAUGCUAUAAAACACUCAGCUGACAUUUACUAUAAGCAUAUUAGUCAGUAG